AUGUUGCGUACUGGCUUGUCUCGUGCUGCGAUCCAAAUCCGAGCCGCAAGCUCAAUACCACCACCGAUAAGAAAUAUCAAGCCGAAGUAUACCAAGAUGUUCAUUAACAACGAAUGGGUAGACGCAGUCAGCAAAAAGACGUACGAUACGAUCAAUCCGGUAGACAAGAGUUUGAUUGCGAAAGUCGCCGAAGGUGACAAGGCAGAUGUUGAUAAAGCUGUAAAGGUCAGACCACUUGAUGUUUUAAUGGAUUUUGCUGCUAAGCAGGCACAUAUUGGCAAUUACACCAAUCAGGGACAAUUUUGUUGCGGUGGAACUCGUGUCUUUGUGGAGGGAAAGGUCUACGAUGAGUUUGUCGCUAGAUCCAAGGAAGUGGCUGAGAAACGUGUGCUUGAUGAUCCUUUUGAUCUGAAGACUGAACAAGGCCCUCAGAUCAUUUGCUCCGUAUGGGAAUGUCUAAUCAGUUAUCUUGAUGCUACCCUUGAGCCUUUCCUAGCUUCUCAUGCCAUAGUACAUUUGAAAAAAGAACUACUAAAAACUAUGUCUGACUGCACCGUUGAGCGUUAUGUGGAUAUUGGAAAGAAGGAGGGUGCUCGGCUGGUAACUGGUGGCAAGAGAUGGGGUGACAAAGGUUUUUUUUAUGAGCCAAAUAUUUUCGCAAACGUGAAGGACGAAAUGAAGAUGGCCCAGGAAGAGAUAUUCGGUCCAGUUAUGAGCAUAUUGCGCUUCGAUACAAUGGAAGAUCUUGUUGACAUCGCAAACAACACUAUCUACGGACUGGCAGCCGGUGUUGUUACCAAGGAUCUUGACAAAGCCCUUUAUGUAGCCAACAAUAUCCGAGCAGGAACCGUUUGGGUGAAUUGCUAUCAUGUGUUGGACGCUACGGCACCAUUUGGAGGCUACAAGCACUCAGGUUUUGGUCGUGCAAUGGGUGAGUACGCGCUUGAAGAGUAUACCCAAGUGAAGACAGUUACAAUAAAAGUUAAAGAAUUCAUAACUCAUGAAUCACACGAUACUAAGACGCGGAUAGAUCCAGAAAAUCAACUACCUGUUUCUGAUGAGCCAGGACUGACCCAUGACAUUCUUGUAUCCCACACGUCGGUCCGGCCAAAAGCCUGCAAUCAAGAGGCAAUGAUCCGAUCCCGUAUAGAACCCGCUGGUGACUCCCACGUCCAGCUUAUGAAGGAGGGUUCCGAUGCAAGCCGUGGAACAGCACAAGCCGAAGUCAACCAAGUGCUCACGUCCGAGCUCGCAGAGCUUUGCAGAGAGGCGAUAAAAGAAGCACUCAAAGAGAGGAGAGCAGAAGUGUUGGCUGAAGCUGCAGAGCGAUCUCCACUUCCUCCUCAUCUUCUGAGGGAAGACGGACAUGUCAUUCCAAAGAUUCUCCCGUCCGAAUUACGACGUGGUAUCAUGUCGGUAACAAAUCGCACGGCACCCGGUCCCGAUAGAAUAAGACCAGAACGCCUGAACUGUACUCAUGAACACUCUGGCAACGCUCUUAACCCGGAAUGUCGGAAUGCAAGGUUCUUAAACAGUGGAAUGCCAGCAAGACCGUGUUGUUAUAUGAGAGGAGAGAUCCACAUGACAUCGGCAACUAUCGACGAACUAACUCCACGUGAUUGCUCUGUAAGAGAACCAGAGCAGAAUGAGGGACGUGCAGAAGAUGAAUGA